AUGGUCGCCAGAGAGUACGACUUGGUCAUUUAUGGUGCCACUGGCUUCACCGGUCUGAGAACCUGCCAGUACCUCGCACGCAACUACACUGAGGGUGUCCGCUGGGCAAUUGCCGGUCGCAGCAUCCCAAAGCUGGAGGAGGUCCGCGAGAAGCUCGUCGCUAUCAACCCCGCCCUUUCCUCUCUCCCCAUCAUCAAAGCCGAUGCUUCUAACCCAGAGUCAUUGGAGGCCAUGACCGCCCAGACCAAGGUUGUCAUCAGCACCGUUGGACCCUUUAUGCAGUAUGGAGAACCCCUUGUUGCCGCCUGUGUCAAGCAGGGUACCCACUACGUCGACUCGACCGGAGAGACCCCCUUCGUCAACAACAUCAUUAACAAGUACCACAAGGAUGCCCUUGACAAGAACGUCAUCCUGGUCCCUCAGUGUGGUUUCGACUCUGUUCCUUCGGACAUCGGAACCAAAAUGGUUGUUGAUUUCAUCCGCAAAGAGUACGGCCUCCCCACCAAGUCUGUCAAGGCGUCCUUGUUGUCCUUCCGUGGAGAAGCUUCGGGGGGUACCUUGGCAUCAGUCUGCAACAUUAUCGCCGAUAAGCAAGGAGGCGUCGGCUCAAUGGUCGACCAGAACCAAUUGGUCCCCGAGUCAGUCCAAGACAAGCUCGUUCCUACCAAGAUCUCAAUGCCAACCGUCCACUACGAUUACGACUUCCAAAAGUGGCAGACGUACUUUAUCAUGUCGUCCUCGAACGAGAAGAUUGUCAAGCGUAGUCAUGGAUUAGCCUUGGAGGCCAACGGCGAUGGUUAUGGACCUCAGUUCACUUAUCAUGAGUCGAUGAGCGCUCCUGGAUUUGCUUCAGCAGUGAUUGCAGCCAUCGGCAUGGGUCUAGGAGGCGCCGCCUUGUCAGUCGGCCCCCUGCGCAGGUUCAUCCAGAACCGCUUUAUGCCCGCCCAAGGCGAAGGUCCCUCUGACGAAUCCAUCGCCAAGGGCAAAUUCACAGUCCACGUUAUCGGAGAAUCCACCCUCCCCGAGAACACCGAGGGCGCUGCAGAUGCCAAACCCUUCCGUGCCUUGGCAGUCAUUCAAGGCGGUGACCCAGGAUACGCCGAGACUUGCCGUUACCUGGUCGAGGGCGCGAUGUGUCUUGUCAAGAGUGAGGAUUUGGUCCGGUCGGAGAAUAAGGUCAAGGGAGGUGUUUUGACGCCUGCUCAUGCUUUUGGACAGAUCUUUAUUCGUCGUCUUUUGGACCGGAAUGUCAACCUUACGGUUUCCAAGCUCUAA